UGCUCGGUGCCGUUCCCGAGAACUACGCCGAGGCAGUCGAGUAUUUCCAAGUGCGGAGCUGGGGAACACCCGCGCUCAUGCUGGUGGCGGUCUCGAACGGGGCGCUCCGGGGGUACCUGGAUACGACUACUCCGCUCAUCGUGGCCGCCAUCGCCUUCAUAGUGGACUACUCCGUCGACCCCGAAGUCGUGUACCCUGCCGAUCCCAAGGGCUUGGGUGCCGCAGGAGCCGCGACGGUCAUCGCCGAGUGGCUAUCUGCGGGAUUGUUCCUGACCAAGUUUGUGAGUAUGAAGCCGCCUAUUCUCCCCGUCCUGGACCUCUUCCCGCCCUGGGCAGAGAUGGCACCCGUUGUCAAGGCCUCGGCGCAAAUCUUUAUUCGCACCGUCCUUCUUCAAGCCCUUUUGGCCACGUCCUGCAUCGCUGCCGCACGCAUCGGGCCCUUGGACAUCGCCGCUCACCAAGUGGCGCUCCAGCUCUGGAUACCGCCGUCUUUCCUGACGGAGGCCUUUUCCAUCGCUG